AUGCCGGGGCUUUUGGGGCGCGUCGGGGUGGCUGCUGCUGCAGUGGCUGCGCUGGGCGCAGCAAAUUCAAGUUUUGCUGCGGGCGCAGCAGCGGAGGACUGGGCGGCGGCGGCGUCUUCGGGGCUUCCGCUGUCCGCAGCGUUCCCCACGGAGGCAACAGCAGCAGCAGCGUCUUCUGCUGCUGCAGCAGCAGCAGCAGCAGCAGCAGGAGCGCCGGAAAGCCCGCGUUUCUCGCCGGAGGAGCAGCAAGUGGCGGAGGUGCAAGCCCUGGACGAGAGCGACUUGCAGCUGCAACUGCGGGCUUUGUAUUCCGUUUCAAAAGACCUCGAAAUGAAACAAAUUUUCCCAGAAGGAAGUCUGGAAGGCAUGCAAGAAGUGCUGAACGAGCUCAGCAGCGUGGAGGAGCAGCAGCGGGAUGUUGAACAGUACCUGCGGCGGUUCGCGCUGCUGCUGGGCCGCUCUCUGAACAAAUAUGGGGCCUUUUUUAAGUUAAAAGUGGCUUUAGGAGACCCUAGUUUGAAGGGAGAAGCUUAUAAGCAGCAGCAGCAGCAGCUGCCGCUGCUGGCAGCAGAGUGGACUGCAGCAAACCGGCUGCUGGUGAGCUACCUGCGGCUGGGCGCGCGGGACCUGCGGGACAAGUGGGGAGCAGCAGCAGCAGCAGACAAGCAGCAGCAAGAGCUGCUGCAGUUCUUCGAGCGGCUUGCUGCAGUCUACGAGCAGCAGCAGCAAGUCUUCCGCUGCGGCUACGCGCUGGCCGAGCUGCGCUACCUGCAGCAGCAGCACGCUGCAGCAGACCUUGCUGCUCUCCUCUCCGACAGCAGACAAAAAGCUGCUCUUCGAGACUUCGAAGCAGCUCUCGAAACCCUCAAAGAAAACACUCAUUUAGCGAGAAAGGCAGCAGCAAAACCCGCGAAAAACGGACUCUUCAAUCCCAACUUUUUGCUGCUGCUGCCGUUUCCCCCGGACAAGCAGCGCGAGGCCGACGACCUGCCGCCGCCCGAGGACGACGAGAUGUGA